UCCUGCAGGGCUGCAGUCAUCUGGGCGUGGCCCUCUGUCUGACUUGAGCUCAGGAUCCUGGGCCAAGGAGCAGAGGCAGGGAAGCUCGGCAGCGCCUUCCAGAUGGCUGAGCUGGACCUGAUGGCUCCAGGGCCGCUGGCCGGGAUCGCCGCUCACUCCCUGGCCACCCUCAGCCCGGACUCGGGGUCAGCCAGCCCGGCAGAAGAGAACAAGGGCUCCCUGGGGAGCCCCCAGGGGGAGGCUGAGGGACAGGGCGCCGGCUCUGGUGGCGAGGGAGAGGAGGAGAUCCUGUGUGACUUCUGCCUCGGGGCCCGCAGGGUGAGGGCGGUGAAGUCCUGCCUGACCUGCAUGGUGAACUACUGCGAGGAGCACCUGCGGCCACACCAGGAGAACAGCAAGCUGCACAGCCACCAGCUGGCCGAGCCGGCCAGGGACCGCGACCUGCGCACCUGCCCUGCCCACUGCGGCCCGCUGGUGGCCUUCUGCUGCCCCGACCGGCAGUGCAUCUGCCAGGAGUGCGGCCAGGGCGAGCACAAGGGCCACGCCUCGGUCUCCCUGGAUGUUGCCCGCAGGGACAAGGAGGCUGAGCUUCGGAGCACCCAGCUAGACCUGGAGCGGAAACUCAAAUUGAAUGAAAACGCCAUCGCCAGGCUCCAAGCCAAUCAUAAAUCCGUUUUGGUGUCGGUGUCGGAGGUGAAGAUGGUGGCUGAGGAGCAGUUUGGGGAGCUCCUUGCUGCCAUGAGGAAGGCCCAGGCCGACGUGAUGCUCUUCUUGGAGGAGAAGGAACAGGCUGCGCUGAGCCAGGCCAAUGGCAUCAAGACGCACCUGGAGCACAGGACUGCGGAGAUGGAGAGGAACAGGCAGGAGCUGGCGAGGAUUGCCGCCAUCGGCAACACCGUGCUGUUCCUGGAGGAGUACUGCAAGUUCAAGAGCACGGAGGACGGUGCCUUCCCCAGCGUCUACAUAGGGCUCAAGGACAAGCUCUCAGGCAUCUGCAAGGUCAUCACGGACUCCACUGUGCACCUGAUCCAGCUGCUGCACAACUAUAAGGAAAAGCUCCAGGAGUUCGCGAAGGGAGAGGAAUAUGACAUCAGAACUCAAGUGUCAGCUGUUGUUGAGCGCAAGUAUUGGACCUCAAAACCCGAGCCCAGCACCAGGCAGCAGUUCCUGCAAUACGCGUGCGACAUCUCCUUUGACCCCGACACGGCGCACAGGUACCUGCGGCUGCAGGACGACAACCGCAAGGUGACCAACACGACGCCCUGGGAGCACCCGUACCCGGACCUCCCCAGCAGGUUCCUGCACUGGCGGCAGGUGCUGUCGCAGCAGAGCCUCUACCUGCACAGGUACUACUUCGAGGUCGAGACCUCCGGCGCGGGCACCUACGUCGGCCUGACCUGCAAGGGCAUCGACCGGCAGGGGGAGGGGCGCAACAGCUGCAUCUCGGGGAACGACUUCUCCUGGAGCCUGCACUGCAGCGGGCGCGCGUUCGCCGCCUGGCACAGCGACGCCGAGACGCCGCUGGCCGCCCGCGCCUUCCGCAGGCUGGGCGUCUACGUCAGCUUCCCGCGCGGCGAGCUCGCCUUCUACGGCCGGGCUUUGGAGACCGCGCGGGUCUGUGAUCGAGGACGACGGCCCCUGGCUUGGCCCGCGCGCCACCCGUGCGGCGCUGCGCCUGAGGUCACGCGCACGUACGGCCGGCUGAGCGACUUCUCCCGUCUGCGCACGUGCAGCCCGCUGAGUGACUUCUCCCGUCUGCGCACGUGCAGCCCGCUGAGUGACUUCUCCCGUCUGCGCACGUGCAGCCCGCUGAGUGACUUCUCCCGUCUGCGCACGUGCAGCCCGCUGAGUGACUUCUCCCGUCUGCGCACGUGCAGCCCGCUGAGUGACUUCUCCCGUCUGCGCACGUGCAGCCCGCUGAGUGACUUCUCCCGUCUGCGCACGUGCAGCCCGCUGAGUGACUUCUCCCGUCUGCGCACGUGCAGCCCGCUGAGUGACUUCUCCCGUCUGCGCACGUGCAGCCCGCUGAGUGACUUCUCCCGUCUGCGCACGUGCAGCCCGCUGAGUGACUUCUCCCGUCUGCGCACGUGCAGCCCGCUGAGUGACUUCUCCCGUCUGCGCACGUGCAGCCCGCUGAGUGACUUCUCCCGUCUGCGCACGUGCAGCCCGCUGAGCGACGUCUCGCGUCUGCGCAGGACCCAAAGAAGGACCUUUUCAGUGGCAGAGAUCAAGAUGAGCUAUGUCGGCAUCUUGCUGUUCCUNAAGAAGGACCUUUUCAGUGGCAGAGAUCAAGAUGAGCUAUGUCGGCAUCUCCUUGCUGUUCCCGUCUAA